AUGUCGGACGGUAUUGGUUCGGUGCGCACAUUGAAGAGGAAGAAUGUAAAAGGUCUGGCAUUGAAUGCACCCCCACCUCGGGCUGCAGCACCAUCCGAGGGCGAUUUACAGAUUCCUGGUGGAAAUAGCAAUGAAAGUAGCAGGCAGACUGCACAGUUAGAAAUUGGAAUCGAAUACAAGUUAGAUUUGAAGAGAGAGGAUCUAGAAGUAUUGAAAGAUCUCGGUCAUGGAAAUGGAGGAACCGUCAGCAAAGUUAGACAUAUGGCUACAGGCACGGUAAUGGCAAGAAAGGUUAUUCAUGUCGAAGCUAAGAAGGAAAUGCGUCGUCGAAUCGUUCGAGAACUACAAAUUAUGUACGACUGCAAUUCGGAAUAUAUCGUCAACUUUUAUGGUGCAUUUUUGAGCGAUAACAAUGAUGUUAUUAUGUGUAUGGAAUAUAUGGAUGUUGGGUCUUUAGAUAGAAUCUCUACACAUUUCGGUCCAGUUCGAGUCGAUGUUCUAGGAAAGAUCGCAGAAGCUACCCUGGGAGGUCUCACAUAUCUUUACAUCAAACAUCAUAUCAUGCAUCGAGAUAUCAAACCAUCCAAUAUCUUGGUAAAUUCAAAGGGUCAGAUUAAGCUAUGUGAUUUUGGAGUUUCAGGAGAGUUGGUCAACUCAGUGGCAGAUACCUUUGUUGGAACAUCGACAUACAUGGCGCCAGAACGAAUUCAAGGACAAAAGUACACUGUAAAAUCUGAUGUAUGGAGUUUUGGUCUGGCCAUUAUGGAGCUGGCGAUUGGAAAAUUUCCUUUUGAUGCUAGUGAGCACUUAUCUGAUGGGGAUGGUGCACCAUCUGGUAUUCUUGAUCUUCUCCAACAAAUCGUUUAUGAGCCUGCGCCAAGACUACCAAAAAGCGAAGCUUUCCCUCAAAUUCUUGAAGAUAUGAUCCAGAAAUGCAUGUCCAAGACACCAGAAGAGAGACCCACACCUCAAGAGCUUUAUGAGCGUGAACCUUUCGUCCAAGCUGCCAAGCGAACCCCCGUAGAUCUCCGGGAGUGGGCUGUUAGUAUGUUAGAGAGAGACAACCGCAAGUCACAUCUUGCACCUCAGUUAUCGCCAGCUAGUAGAGAUGUUUUACGCGGCGACGAUUCACCAAAUGCCUCGCAAACCCCUACAUCUGGAGAUAUUCCCAUAAAAAAUGCUGAUAUACGUUCGACGAUAACUUCUCCGCAACACACCGAAAACCACCACCAAAGAUCUCGUUCUCCUACCAAGAACGGCAGUAUUUCCGGUCGAGGAAGUGAAAGGUUUCAUCCCGGUCUACCUGUAAGAGGCAGCACCACCAAUUCGAUACCAAAGCUUGCCGCGUUGAAUGCACCAGACCCACACGAUGGCAAUGGUUCCUCAACUGGACCAAAUUUCAACACGACUCUUCCAAUGCGUCCAGCUCCAGCAGGACCCUUACCACCACCACCACCUAGAAAGCAAUCCGAAGAUAACAGCCAUAAGGAAAGUCGACGCCAAGCAACCUUUGGCAAUGGCUUAUACGGUUCGGGCUAUGCGGCCCAAGGUGCAUAA